ACACUGGGUGUGACUGGAAGUUGAGAGAAGAACUGGCACAAUGGCCACAACAACAAACGCUGCAGGCUGCUCUUCGUCUUCUGUUUUACCUCCAUAACAUAUAAUGGUAUCACCCUACAUAUCGAUAAGGCCCUGAUGUACGAUAUUGACCUGUGGAAACUGUACUACAGUAUACAGUCUCUCCUCGACUUACUCCGUCCCAACGACCAGGCCAUAUGAAUUGGACAGUGGAAAAAGAUGAAGUAGAUUGUGAGAACUUUGUUGGGUGCAGUUGUAAAGAACAGUGUGCAAGACAAGUAUUACCAACUGAAGGAAAGAAUUCUAAGUAUACAAGAAAUUAUUCAAUGUUGAAAUAAUUAAAAACUUGUGUGCAAAUUCACCCCCUCAUAAUACUUUUGUCAAUUGUAGUAAUAUUUAACCAGCCAUCACAAGUAGUGUACUUGUAGUAUAUCAGCCUGAGUAUCAUCAGAGGAACUGUACAUAUAACAAGAGUAUAUAAUUUUUGUACUCUUCCCUGUUGAGUGUUACUAUAGUGUAUGUUGUAAGUCAAAAACAGUGUUUGUUAAUUUGUAUAUUAAUGACAACUAAAGUUAUUUGUGUAACUCAUUCUUUACACUAUUUUUCACAUUUAAUCAAAGAGGUAUUGAGGAACCUUAUUAAUAAUGGUGUAGUCACAUCACAAACUGGAUCUUCCAUCACACUUGCCUCCCCACUGUCCACCCAUCUCAGCAUCAAUACAUCAGUGUCAGUAAAUCACAUUCACUAAUAGAUUUGUUUCAGUUGUGUUUGUUGUUUUUCAAAUAUAAUUAACAGUAACAAGAUAUUAAUAGCUCUUGUAGGAGGAAACCAUUUCCCAGUUCAGAGUCACUAAAACCUUUGAACACAAUACACACAGUUUUAUAAUGGAAGGUCACUCAGAGGAACAGUCGGAGUCUCCCAGAGAAUUGUCUGUAAAUUCACAUCAGGUAACAAAUUUGAAAGAUGACUUACACCAGAAACUGUUUGCGUGUCCAGAAUGUCAAAAAGGUUUUCCACAAAAAUAUAAAUUAAAUUACCAUAUGAGAAUUCAUACAGGAGAGAAAUCAUAUCAAUGUUCUGAGUGUCUGACAGACUUUGCACAUAAAUGUUGUCUAUAUGUACACAUAAAAAGUCAUACGGGAGAGAAACCUUAUCAGUGUUUUUUGUGUUUGAAAGACUUCGCACUUAAAUCUUCUUUAGUUUCACACAUGAGAAUUCAUACAGGAGAGAAACCUUUUCAGUGUUCUGUGUGUCUGAAAGAUUUCACACAUAAAUCUUCUUUAGUUGCACACAUGAGAAGUCAUACAGGAGAGAAACCUUUUCAGUGUUCUAUGUGUCUGAAAGACUUUGCACAUAAAUCUUCUCUAUAUGCACACAUUAAACGUCAUACAGGAGAGAAACCAUAUCAGUGUUUUUUGUGUCGGAAAGACUUCUUACAUAAAUCUUCUUUAGACGCACAUAUGGGAAGUCAUAGAAAAGAGAAACCUCAUCAGUGUCCAGAAUGUUUGAAGGACUUUCAAGAUAAAUCUAAUCUCAAAAGACAUAUGAGAAUUCAUACAGGAGAGAAAUCAUAUCAAUGUGCUGAGUGUCUGAAAGACUUUGCCCGAAGAGGUGCUUUAGCCGCACACAUGAGAAGUCAUACGGGAGAGAAACCUUAUCAGUGUUCUCUGUGUCUGAAAGACUUCGCACUUAAAUCUUCUUUAGAUGCACACAUGAGAAGUCAUACGGGAGAGAAACCUCAUCAGUGUUCUGUGUGUCUGAAAGACUUUGCACUUAAAUCUUCUUUAGUUGCACACAUGAGAAGUCAUACAGGAAAGAAACCUUUUCAGUGUUCUGUGUGUCUGAAAGACUUUGCACAUAAAUCUUCUCUACAUGUACACAUAAAAAGUCAUACAGGAGAGAAACCAUAUCAGUGCUUUUUGUGUCUGAAAGACUUCUUACAUAAAUCUUCUUUAGACGCACAUAUGGGAAGUCAUAGAAAAGAGAAACCACAUAAGUGUCCAGAAUGUUUGAAGGACUUUCAAGAUAAAUCUAAUCUCAAAAGACAUAUGAGAAUUCAUACAGGAGAGAAAUCAUAUCAAUGUGCUGAGUGUCUGAAAGACUUUGCCCGAAAAGGUACUUUAGCCAUACACAUGAGAAUUCAUACGGGAGAGAAACCUUAUCGGUGUUCUCUGUGUCAGAAUGAUUUUGCCCAAAAAAGUUUUUUAGUCACACACAUGAGAAGUCAUACGGGAGAGAAACCAUUCCAGUGUUCAGAAUGUCAUAGAGGAUUCUCUGAAAAACGUUCUGUAGUAAAACACAUGAAAGUUCACAAAGUAAAACCCUUUCACUGUGUAAGAUGCAAGAAAGUCUUUAAGGAGAAAGAGAAUUUAACAUUACAUACACAGAGAUGUUCCCAGAUUCACCAAGUGCCUAACUCACAUUAUAAUGAAGGUGAAAGCUGCCAGGAUUUCCACCAUGACUUGAGCUUGUCAUCCCAACCAACAGUGGAGAUGGGUGUUUCUGAAGGAGUGAAAAAGUGUGUUUCUGAAGGAGUGAAAAUGGAAACUAAUUGUGAUCCACUCUCAGAAGCUUCACCAGGGCCUGAGAUAAUUGAUCAAUCAUCUUUAAAGAUGGAGUGCCAGGAACAAGCAGUUUGUAUUAAGGAAGAAUUUUGAAGUUGUUUUUGUUGAAUACACUGUAUUGUACUUGUGCUACUGAUAUUCUUAUUAGACUGAACUUCAUGUUAUGUACAUUUUGUGAAUAAAAUCGUUACAUUAUACGAUUGAAAUAAAAAGAUAUAAAAUUUGAAACCAUUUGAAAUCCCAAACAUGACUUGUGGGUACAUUGGUGGCAGUCAUUUCCCUACCCAAGUGCAGGUCUCUGGCAACUGUACAGGUACAGUACCUUUUUUUUUAUACAAAAGUUCUGUUUAUGUAAUUUUGUAAUACAGUAGAACCUCCUUAUUUCUAACUGCUCUUACAAACUUUGCUUAAUCAAAUGAAUUUCAAAUUCAAACAGAUUGUUCAACAUAUAUCCUUAGUGAAACAUGGCCUUUGUUAUUCUAUAUGUUUCAUAUGCCAAAAAUAAACAAAAUCUGUAUAAUAAACAAUAAAAAUGAUUCAUAGUGCAUCAUAAAAUAUAGUAACAUUUUUUCUACUACAAAAAAAAAUCUACUGUAAUGUGUACAUCACUUCCUCUUUCUUCACAGUCAUUUAAAAUUUGAGUACUGAUCUGAGGCUCAGGCUUUCUAGACCUCCUCCCCCCCCCCCUCCAG